UUCUAGUUAUUACAACAAAAUGUAAGGAUCUCUGCUGCCUUUUUGAAAAUAGAGGACCUAAGAGUUAUUUCAACAAAACCCGUGUCACCCACGAGCAAUUUUUUGGAUCACACAUGAUUAUAUUUAGGCUUACACAUUGAGAGAAUCUGAUGAGUCAAAGUGUUUAGAUGAACAGUUUCAAAAGUCAAAAGUGGACGAAUAUAGCGGGACGGAGGUAGUACAUAAAAUCAAAGUAGCAGCCAGUUUGCCUUCCAAGUUAACAAUGGCAACAAAACUAUUACUCUCUCCUUUAUAUAACCCCCCUGGUACCCACCGUCCAUGGCGGUUGGGCCGAGUUCCUCCGGCAACCGCCGGACCGAGAACCAACAAGAGCCUCACACUCGUCGGGGCAUCUCCCUUCAAUUCCAUCGACUACGAAGCCCUCCAACACCUCUCCGCCGCCGCCCCUCAUCAAAUCGCGGACCACUUCCGGCUCCAGAACUCUCUCCUCCUGCUCGCCGCCGCCACAGACGGCGGCGGAUACUCACUAGCUAGCUACUACACCUCGCUGGGCCUCUUCGUCAUCUCCGUUCCCGGUCUCUGGUCUCUAAUUAAACGAUCGGUUAAAUCCAAGAUUGCGAGGAAGACGUUCGUGACGGCGGCGGAUGAGGCGGAGAAGAAGGCGGCGAGGAGGGUGGCGGGAGAGAUUCAGGCGUUCUUCGCUCGCAACAAUUUUGUGGUGUUGGACAGAGGGGAGACGAUAACGUUUGAAGGAAUGAUGAGCCCAAGCCGGGGGAAAGCGGCGCUGUUGUCUUUCUGCACUUGUGUGAGCUUAGCCAGCGUUUCACUGGUUCUCACCAUCGCUCUUCCGGACGUAGGAAACCGUUGGUUUUGGCUUGUUGCCCUUAGCCCGCUCGCGGGCGUGUAUUACUGGACUGGGGCGACCAGAAAAGAGCAGGUUAAGGUGAGAAUGAUGGUUGAUGGUGACAAUGGAACAGUGUCAGAGGUUGUUGUUCAAGGAGAUGAAGUAGUGGUUGAGCAACUGAGGAAGGAGCUUAAUUUUAGUGAAAAGGGCAUGGUUUAUGUCAAAGGCUUGUUUGGCUGAUCAUUUUAUUCACUCCUAAGUUCUAACCCCUAUUUUGUGCAACACAAACAUGUCCUUGUAUGUAUUUUACUAUACUCCCUUCCCAUUGGUAAAGAAUUGACAUGGUUUUCAGGUUUUGUUACUUUUGUAGUGAAGUGUCUUCUAACAAUUUCCUUACAUCUCUUUCCAUAGUUUUCAGAACCGGACCGGAGACCGAACCAGUCAAGGUACUGGUUUACUG